AUUACAGAAUUUGUGUUCAGUCAGCAAAGCUGCUUCGUCAUCUGAAGCAGAAAGAUAGGCUUUUACAUAAAGUGCAGAAGAACUGUGAUAUUGUCACAGCCUGUUUGCAGGCUGUUUCCCAGAAACGCCAUGUCCUCCAGCAAAGAGAGCUUCUGCAACAUACUCCAGCGCCCUACGCCCUGUCUCCUUGUAGUGUCUCGCAGACCGGCCCGCCUGCUGCCCUAAUGCCUUGUUUGGGAGAGAUCUCGGCCUCAAAGGAAAGCCUUGCAAAGCUGUAAAUAAAGCAGAACGCCAGCUGAAUUUGCCUCACGGAGGGAGCUGGGCUGCACCUGCCGGGGAGAGGCCGCUGCUGGCACAGCGUGGAUGGUUGGUCUGAGCCCCGUGGGCACCCAUGAGACAAGACAAGCUGACGGGCUCCCUGAGACGUGGGGGAAGAUGUUUAAAGAGGCAAAACACAGGCGGCGGCGUGGGCACCAUCCUGAGCAAUGUGUUAAAGAAGAGGAGCUGUAUUUCCAGGACGGCUCCUCGCCUGCUCUGCACCUUGGAGCCAGGUAGCGUGUGCGUGGGCCAGGGGCGGGCGAAGGACCUCCCCGGGCUCUGCUCCGCUGGCCCGGCCGGGCCGGGCUUGGGUUUGAAAGUGGCGCCGCUGUGCAGCGGCUGCUUCCCUAAUGCUCUGAGCCAGGCUUACCCCGGCCGGGGGCGCGGCGUGGGGGGCGGCGGAGAGGAGCGCUGGCGGCCACUGCCCGUCACGGACACGCGCUUCUCCCGGGCCGGGAGCAGGACGGAGAUGAAAUCCCCGGGGGUUGAUACAAAGUUGAAGUUCACUCUUGAACCAUCUUUAGGUCAAAAUGGUUUUCAGCAGUGGUAUGAUGCUCUCAAAGCAGUGGCCAGACUGCCAACAGGAAUACCAAAGGAGUGGAGGAGGAAGGUUUGGCUGACCCUAGCAGAUCACUACUUACAUAGUAUAGCAAUUGACUGGGAUAAAACUAUGCGCUUCACUUUCAAUGACAGAAGUAAUCCUGAUGAUGACUCCAUGGGCAUUCAGAUUGUAAAGGAUCUUCACCGAACUGGUUGCAGUUCUUAUUGUGGCCAGGAGGCAGAGCAGGACCGAGUCGUGUUGAAACGAGUUCUGCUGGCUUAUGCUAGAUGGAACAAAUCAGUUGGAUAUUGCCAAGGCUUUAAUAUACUAGCUGCACUCAUCUUAGAAGUAAUGGAAGGCAAUGAAGGGGAUGCCCUGAAAAUCAUGAUUUACCUAAUCGAUAAAGUACUGCCUGAUAGCUAUUUUGUCAAUAAUCUUCGUGCAUUGUCUGUGGAUAUGGCUGUUUUCCGAGAUCUUUUAAGAAUGAAACUUCCUGAACUGUCCCAGCACUUGGAUACGCUUCAGAGAGCUGCAAAUAGGGAAAGUAGAGGAGGCUUUGAACCCCCACUUACCAAUGUCUUCACAAUGCAGUGGUUCCUGACCCUCUUUGCUACAUGCCUUCCUAAUCAUACAGUUUUAAAGAUCUGGGAUUCAGUAUUCUUUGAAGGGUCUGAAGUUAUACUGAGAGUAGCAUUGGCUAUCUGGGCAAAGUUAGGCGAGCAGAUUGAAUGCUGUGAAACUGCAGAUGAAUUCUACAGUACCAUGGGCAAACUAACCCAGGAGAUGCUGGAAGACAAUCUGAUUGACAGCAAUGAACUCAUGCAGACUGUUUAUUCCAUGGCUCAGUUUCCUUUUCCACAACUGGCAGAAUUAAGGGAGAAAUAUACAUACAACAUUACUCCAUUCCCUGCAGCAGUAAAAUCAACUUCAGUUUCAGGAAGGCUCAGCAGAACCAGAGAUAGUGAUGAGGAGAAUGACCUGGAUGAUGAAGAUUCGGUUGCCAAUGCAGUUGGCUGCCUUGGACCAUUCAGUGGGCUCUUGGCACCAGAGCUACAGAAGUACCAAAAACAAAUCAAAGAUCAGAAUGAAGAACAGAGUUUGGGCUCUAGUAACAUUGCGGAACUAAGUCCAGGGGCAAUAGACUCCUGUAGAAGUGAAUACCACGCUGCUUUUAACAGUAUGAUGAUGGAGCGUAUGACCACUGACAUUAAUGCAUUGAAAAGGCAGUAUUCCCGAAUAAAGAAGAAGCAGCAGCAGCAGGUUCACCAGGUGUAUAUCAGAGCAGGGUCUGAAGAUGAUGACCCUGGGAUCUUGUUAGGUCCCAGGGACCAGCUGAAUAAUGACAAAGGGCCAGUUACCAGUCUUCUCCCCUCUCAGGUAAACCAUUCUCCAGUGAUAAACCACCUUCUUUUAGGAAAGAAGAUGAGAGCGACUAAUAGAGCUGCCAAGAAUGCGGUCAUUCAUAUCCCGAGUCACACAGGGGGCAAAAUGUCACCCAUUCCCCAUGAAGAUCUUAAAACAAAACUCAACUCUCCCUGGCGCACCCACAUCCGAGUACAUCGAAAGAACAUAGCUAGAGCCAAAUGCCAGCUGGGCUAUGGGGAUACCAUAGGACUCAUAGAAGAGCAGCGUGAAGUCUGCAAACCAAAUAGCUGCAGUGCAAAGGAGGACCCUCCAAGCAAUUCUGAUUUGGGGGAAAGAGAGGGAAGUGGCUUGGAUAACAGGACUAUUCGGAAAGUUGAUGGACAGUCAACUGAGCCACUUUACAAGGACACCAAUGCAAAUAUGUCAGUUGUUCAGCUGAAAUUAGAAGCACUAGAACUCACGCAAAAUAACAAACCUGAUGCUGAGCCAAUGACCGAUCAGUCCUGCCCAACACACUUAUCAGAAUCACCUAGUUUAUCCAGUGACAGUGGAACAUUGGCUAAAUCUCCCCAACCCAUCAAUCCUAAAUUACAAGUGUUUAGCCCUUUCCCCAGCGUCAAACCUCUUCGAAAGUCAACUGCAGCCCGCAAUUUAGGUUUGUAUGGCCCAACUGAAAGAACUCCAACAGUGCACUUCCCACAAAUGAGUAGAAGUUUCAACAAGUCUGCCAACGGGAAUAGCGGGACUAAAAAACGAUGAUGUACCGUCAGCACUUUAUAUUUCUGGGGGAAAAAUGUAUUGAUUGUUGUGUUUGUAUAUGUGUCCAAAAGAGUUUCUAAAUAGUUUAAUUCUUUAAAUGAAAUAAUGGGGACAAAGUGAUUAACAGAUGUAUAAAUAUGUAUCCUUGAAAAUUGUGCUCUUGGAAUGUAUGGAUAGAUUAGGGAAGAUGCACUGUGGCACACCAUGUAGAUUCUAAUGGUUCUGUGAUAAAAUAAACAUUGAUUUGCAA